AUGUCAGGUUAUUACGGUAGAAGUCCUCGCAGCGAACAAUCCAGCUCUCGAAACCCCGAUCGAGAACGGGAAGGACAGCGCCGUGACGACCACCGUAAGCGUGAGGAAGAGGAACAUGAUCGAGACGAGUACGACCAUGAAACCAGGUAUGAUCCCGAACGAGAACAGAGGCUCAACGAUGCGUACGACAACUUCAAGACCGAAUACGUACGUGAACAGAAAUUUAAGUACCUUUGGUCAGAGGAAGGAGCUUCAGCAGAUGAACGCACCGGAUCGUACGGGGACCGCGCUGGUUGGUCGGACCCGCUGGAACGCACCCUCGAGGACAGAGUGGAUCGACUUGCAUGCAGCGAUGACAAUAGACGCACUAUGGACGCGAACUCAGAGAAUCGCAUCAUCGCCAGGGACUUUGCUUAUGCUGCUGAUGAUCGUCGGAGCAGAACCUAUGAAGACCCACGGCGCUCGUAUACCCCUCGCACCUCUCUAGAUGACGGGGCAUCCCGUGCAUCUGGGUCUUCGAAGGACAAAAAAGGGAAAAGACGAGCUUGA